GGCAAGGCCUGGAAAAACACCGCGCCACCGAUCCUCGAUUUCUAAUGCGACGGCGCGCGCGCGUCGGAUCUUCCAACGGCGGCGGGUGCAGAUCGCGACAGCGCGAACUCUAAUCGUCCGCGGGGAACGGACCGACACGUGGGAAGCCGCCGAGAAGUCGCCCCGAAGAGGCUGGAAGAGAGGGGGGAAGGGAAUACGGUGGGAUCAGAGCGGAUGCCGUCUGCAUUGUCGCGAGCGGCGAUGUGAAGCAGCGUGAGGGUCUUAUGAAGUGGGUAUCGAAGAAUACGAGGGGGCUCAGAGGUUUGGCGAGAGCGCGGUGUCUGGGCGAGACGGGUUGCGAGCCAAAGGGAUGGGCCCUGAACGGAGGGGAAGGGAUCGCAGCUCGCGUGGGAGGGAAGGCCGAAGAGAAAGAAUAUAGGGGUAAAAUAAGAAAGGAAGGAAAGAGAGAAAGUCGCAAGUGGCACAAAUUUGACAUUCGGUCGGUUAGCUAUAUACAAUGGUGCGCGCAUGGCAUCCACGCAAUCCUACAAUCCCACAGUCCUACAGAACGACAUGUUCUUCGUGGCCUCGUAAUACGCAAGAGGAAGGAGACCAAGCGAGAGGGAAGAAAAAAGGGAGGGGAAGAAUGGUAAAGAAUAGCACGAGAUCUUUGAUGAGAUGGCGUAGAGACGAGCCAAUCCGUCCAGCACAG